UCCGGGGUAUGCCUUGGGGACCUUCCUUCUGCUGGACUUGGCUUUCUCAGUUUGCAAGCGGGGUGCAGCUUCCCAGUUGGGGUGCUAGAGGGUGGACUGGGGACCCCAGGAAAAAAAAUUGGGGUGGGGGGGCGCCUUCUUGACUUCGUCCGGGCACCAUGGCUGCCAAGUGGUUCAAAGAAUUCCCCGCCAACCUCAAAACCGUCUCGGAUCGUCCAAAACCCAACAGCGGGCAUCAUGUGAGCAAAUCCAGCGCCGGUGCCCGAAAAAACGUCGGAUCGGCCGAAGCCGGACUGGCAUCGCUGCCCGGGAAGAACCGGAAGAACUCGGCUACCGAGCUGGUUGGCACCAAGACUCCGUUGGCACCCGGGAAAGAUGGAACAAGUAGCCGGUUAUCCCGAGACAAUCUCCAGGGACUUUUGCAAGCCGCCGCGGGGAAGAUGCGCAAGAAUUCGCGGGUGGAAGGGCCCCCCCCGGAGGAUCCCGGCUGGGGGGCCCCCAAAGGAACCCCCAGUUGUGGGGGGUACAUCAAUCGUCUCAUCAAAGUCAACGCCCAGGAGAAAAACGCGAAGAACUUUUCAGGAGCAGCCCCCAAUCCCAAUCCGGUCCCGCCGGCCGAACCGGAGAAGCCCAAGCAAGAAACGGUAAAGGUUAUCAUUUUGGAAGAUUACGCCGAUCCUUACGAUGCCAAACAGACUAAGGGCCAACGAGAUGCUGAAAGACUGGAAGAGAAUGACGGCUACAUGGAGCCGUACGACGCGCAACAGAUGAUAACCGGUAAUCAUGAAAUCCGACGACGGGGCUCGAAAGACCCCUUUGUGGGGAAAGCUGUCCAGCUUCUGGGUGAGCCAGGAGCUAAGGGAGACCCGGGGGUCAAAGCCCCAGCCUCCAAACCCCUGCAGCUUUACGACACCCCGUACGAACUGGCCGAGACGGGCUCCAAGUUCGAGAUACGCCUCCCUUCGAGUGAUGAACGGCCACCGGCCGAGUACGAGCAGCCCUGGGAAUGGAAGAAAGACCAGAUUGUAAAAGUUUUCUCCGUGCAGUUUGAGGGUUCGGAGAAAGUCGUGACGGCCGCUGAGAUGGUGGUCUCGCCACCCCAGCCUCAACCCUGCCCGAAAAACUGGCCCUCCAAGAAGGGGAAGCCUCCCACGGGAAUCGAACCGGGGAUGGAUGGAGAACCGGUGGAUUCUGCCCUCGUCUUGGAGAAACAGCCAUGGUUCCAUGGCUCCAUCACCCGAGCUGAGGCCGAGAGCCGGCUGCAGCCGUGUCCGGAGGCCGGCUACCUGGUCCGCACCAGCGAAAUGGGCCCCACCAAAUACUCCAUCGCCCUCAAGACCAGCCAGGGUUGCGUCCACAUCAUCGUGGCCCAAACGAAGGACCAUAAAUAUACUCUGGACCAAGCCGGCGGCCUCUUCGACACCGUCUCCGAAGUAGUUGGCUACUAUUCAACCGAAAAGCUCCCCUUCAAAGGAGCCGAACACAUGACUCUCCGUUAUCCGGUCUCGAUUCCAAGCAAGGUCCCUUAAAUCUCCCAUUUUAGACCAGUUUGGGAACGGCGGUACCGACUGGGGAAAUGCAGUGGACAACCGGACAGUCGCUCCAGUCGACGGCGGCCUCGGCGAGCCUUCGCUUCGGCCGGAAAUGUCGGUCCAUCUUUUUCUUCCUUCUCCAGCAAAUUUUAUUCCCGAUGCAGUAGGA